AUGGGCUGAGCACCGAGAACAGUUGGACCUGGAGAAGAAUCAGUUCAGAGCUAAUAGGAAAAAGUGCACAUUCGGUCGACCGCAGGUGGAGUACUUAAGGCACAUUAUUUCUCAAGCGGGGGUAGCCAUGGAUCCAGCCAAAGUCAAGGCAGUGGUGGAGUGGCCACAACCGAGAUCUGUCCGGGAGGUCCGGGGAUUUUUGGGACUGACUGGAUACUAUAGGAGAUUCGUGAAGGAAUAUGGAUUAAUUGCACGGCCGCUCACGAAACUUUUGAAAAAAGAGGCAUUAGCUCAGUUCCAGUGGUCUGCAGAGGCCGAGGUGGCUUUCUGUCGACUCCAGAAAGCAUUAACUGAAGUACUUGUGUUAGCCAUGCCCCAGUUUGACGGACAAUUUGUAGUGGAAUGCGAUGCAUCUGGAACCGGGAUUGGAGCGGUGCUUAUGCAAGAGCGACGACCGAUUGCUUAUUUUAGCAAAUCAUUGGCAGACAGGACGCUGUCCAGAUCAGCCUACGAGCGGGAGAUGAUGGGAUUAGCAUUAGCCGUGCAACAUUGGCGGCCGUAUCUCAUCGGGCAAAAAAUUGUGGUGCGCACUGACCAUAGAAGUCUCAAACAUCUGCUCACUCAGCGCAUAGCGACUCCCUCUCAGCAUGUUUGGGUGGCAAAAUUAUUGGGUUAUGACUUUGAGAUUGAAUAUAAGACAGGUAGUUCUAACGCAGCAGCAGACGCCCUGUCUCGAAGAGGGGAAGAAUUGGAACUAGUUGCAGUCAGCGUGCCAGAGUGGCUGGGUCUGGCCAACAUAGAAGAGGAGCAAAAGAGAGAUACAAUUUUGCAAGAAAUUAUUCAUACACUGGCAAUUGAUCCGACGAAGGUACCAGGUUAUGAAGUAAUUGGGAGGCGACUGUUCUUCAAGGGUCGAUUGGUCCCGCCUUCUGUUUCUAAGUAGAUUCCCCGGCUGAUGAAAGAAUUCCAUGACACACCUGCAGGAGGUCAUGCUGGUGCACUCCGGACAUACAGAAGGCUAGCGAUGAAUGUAUUUUGGAGGGGAAUGUUCCGUCAGGUACAGGCCUAUGUUGCACAAUGUUUGGUAUGUCAAAAAGCCAAAUAUGAGGCGAUGUCACCGGCUGGGCUACUGCAGCCCUUACCUAUUCCCAGCUUGAUUAGGGAAGAUAUUUCCAUGAAUUUCAUCACUUGUUUGCCCAAUUCGAAAGGUUAUACAUCUAUUUUGGGGUGGUGGUGGACCGAUUAUCCAAGUACGGGCAUUUUAUUGCCCUAAAAUCCCCAAUCACAGCGCGCUCAGUGGCAGCCGUGGCAGAGGUAUUGGGCAGCAGGGAUGUCAUGUUAAAACGGCUAAAAGAGACUCUAGAGAAAGUACAACAGAGCAUGGUGACCCAAGCUAAUAAACAUCACCGCAGCGUGGACUUUCAGGUUGGGGAUAAGGUGUUUUUGAAGGUUAGGCCUCACCGGCAGACUACUAUAUUUCGCCAGCCUUGCCAAAUUCUAUGGGCCAUUUUUAAUCGAAGCACGAGUUGGGGCAACCGCCUACCGGCUAGCAUUGCCAUCUAACAGCCGUAUCCAUCCGGUUUUUCAUGUGUCUCAGCUGCGGAAGGUAGUCAGUGAUCAUCCGAUAGAGAGUGAGCUGCCAGAAAGCUUGGAAUUGCCAGUCACUCCAAUUUUCGAGCCGGAGGAGAUAUUAGCCACCCGAAAGCAAAAUGAUAAAGAAGAAGAGCUAUUAGUAAAAUGGGCUGGGCAGCCUAUUGACGAGGCAACAUGGAUGAAUAGAGAAAGUUUCUUGGACCAGUUUCCUGAUUUCAACCUCGAGGACAAGGUUCUUUCAAGGGAGGAUGAAGUUGAUAAGGAGCAGGCUGGGGCAGCCGGUCAGCGGGCAGAUGCGACCGAAGGAGAGCCGGGCCCCAGGCCCUUGAUAGUCUACCGGAGGCGGGCAGGGGACUGAGCCCACCUUCGUGGGCUGGCUAUUUCAGUGGCUUUAAUUAAUCAGGAGUUUCCUAUUUAUUAUGUUUCCUAUUUUAAGUUAGUUUCCUAAUAUGUUUUUGUUAGGAGUUCUACCUUAAUUAGAACUAGUAGGCUAUUUAUACCCUUAAUAGGGUUAUUUGAACUAUGCUGAAUUAUUAAAUAAAGUUGGUAUUUUAGCUUUAAGCUUGGGCAACGGUUGCUUCCGUUGAUUGUUAUUUUCC